UUUAAUUUGUGUAAACCAGGAGGAGAGGCUUUAAACAAGUGCAUAGCCGGGAAAGAGGUUUUUUGUUUUGUUUUUUCUUUUUCGCAGCACCAAACUUGAACCCAGUAAGAACUUAAGGAGGCUAAGAAUAUAAGCUUCCAGAAAGGAAUUCCAAGUUUGGGUCCUUGUUUCUUCUCUGUCCCUGACCAUCUUGGAAAUUACAGUAAUUCCCUAGCUGCCCAUUUGAGUGUUUUCUCCCUCACCUGGACUCUUUAGAUCUGAGGCUGGAUUAUGGUUGUGCUUUUUCUUUGGCUCUAUAGGUAGCUGGGUAAGUGAGAAAGAAAGCCUUUGCCCUUUCAGAGAAGAGAAAUAGAUAUAAGAAGAUAUCUGGCUGGGGAGGGGAAUAUGUGGCCAGAAUGGCAAGCAGAAGGUACAGAAGACAGCCCCCACCCCCAUGGUUAUGCAAGAGGUGAGGUGGCAUUCCCCCACUGAGAGUCAUCUAGUUUUCUGUAGUGUGAGACUCCCCUGUGAGGUCCCCAAAGGAGAAGAAGAAAGAUCACAGAGGAGAGGUUGCAAGGAGCAGGAAAGGCCAAUUGGAUUGUCCAGCCUGCAAGUAAAGAAACACUGUUUCAUACCAGCAGACGGGGAUAAACUGGAACAAGGUUCAUUUCUGCCCUAGGAAGAACAAUUGAAGGCGUUCCUAAGGAUAGCAGUGGACUCUUGCUCAGGUUGGGGAAGAGCCCCUUCCCUUGGGUGGCAUGGAGGCCUUUCUGGCCUCCUUUGAGCAAAUGGCUGAAGCCCAAUGUUGGUCCAAGGAAGAAUGGGUGGCCCAACUCCUGCCAACCCUGGGUGGAGAACGCAAGCACCUCCUGAGCAGCCUGGAGGUCAGUGACAGACAGGACUAUGAGAAAGUGAAGGCAGCCCUCUUACAAGGGAAUGCCGCGUAUUCUCUCCCGAGACAGCAACUGCUCCAGUUUCAGGAAAGCCAGGAAAACACAUCAGUGAGUCAGGAAAGAGCAGGAGCUCGGCAGGAAACCCAUCCAGUGGUGGAUGCCAAUAUGCCCGUGUUCUUUGGGAAACGUCUUAACCUCCCUGGUAAAUCGAUACUUAAGGAAAUUGAUACUGAACAACUUCUGGUUCCCAAGCCCGAUCACCUGGUCUCUUUCCUGGAAGAGGGAGACGGUCCAGUUGCCUCUUUCUUCAAGGAGGAAGAUGAGAGGUUGGCAGGUAGCUGCUUAGGGGAGAAACAAUUUAAAUGCUCAGUAUGUGGAAAGUGGUACCGUUCGAAGUAUGGGUUAUCUCGUCAUCUACGAAUUCAUGCAGGGGACCCGUCAUUUCAAUGCUCUGUGUGUGGAAAGACCUUCUUUCACAAAAGAAACCUUACUCAACAUAAGAGAAUUCACACAGAGGAGAAACCAUAUGGGUGUCCUCUGUGUGAGAGAAGAUACAUUUCGAAAACAGGUCUUCGAUUACACCAGAGAACUCAUACAGGGGAGAAACCAUAUCAGUGCUCUGACUGCGAAAAGAGAUUCCAUUUUGAAUCAAAUCUUCAACAACAUCAGAGAAGAAUUCAUUUAGAAGUUAAACCACAUGGCCCCCUCAAAGGUGAAAAGAGUUCCUCACAGCAAUAAAGCAUAGGAGAACAUCAAAGCUAGGGGGUGGACUGUAAAAAUAUUCACAGUGUAGCAAGAGCUUUGGUGACAAAUUCAGCUGUGAGAAACAUGAGAGGAGAGAUGCAGGAGAAGAUGCCAUGUAACUGCUUGGAAUAUGGAAAGAGACUCGAUCAUGGCACACAUCUUUAUUUUAAAUCAGAGUUUCAUAUGAGGACACAAUUUCCAUUGGGACUCUUCCAUGCAAACCAGUGGCCGGAUGGGGUUUCUGGGCAUUGGAAGGUACUUCUGUAAAGCGGGGCCUUUUUAGUGCUUGCACAUACAGAAAGGACAGCAGCUAGGACUGGUGUUCUUUCUAUGUGUGCUUCUUCACCUCUUCGACCGUUCUCUGCCUCAUUUUUAGUGUCUGUCCUAUGUGACGCUCUCUACCAAAGAAUAGUUCUAAUUGCAUAUUUUAUUCAGUACACAACUAGACUAAGACCGUCACUCAAAAUGUACACUAACUGGAACAGUAGCUGUGGCUGCUUUUCAGGUCUGCAAUUGUGCUGGUAAUUUUGCACCGGUGAGUUCUGGAAGAGGUACACCCUGCUUAUUAAUAAAGCUGCAUGAUUUUA